CAUCUGCGCCACCAGCAGCUCGCGGCAGCAACUGUGAUUUAGAACGAACGACCGAUCCAGCUCGAUCGUGAAGGAAGUUAAGGCCGACUAGGAAAAGCAAUUCAAAGCGCUAUUUCCCCGUUCCUGAACGGUGCCGCCGGUGCCAGGAAGGGAUGCAACAUUAUUCUCAGCCCGAUCACCGUUCACCGAUCAAAGCCCGACAGUUGCUCAGGGUCGGUCAGCUUCCCGCGAUCGGGUGCAAUUAUAGUGCGGCACGCUAGAACGGGUGAGCGUGGCGCGCCAAGUGAGAAAGUGAAAGUGAGCAGCGGAAAACCUGGCGCCUGAAUGUAUGUAAAGUGAGCGCGUGGAGCGGAUAUUAGGAGAAAAAAGCGUUUCCCCAAAACCCGCGCAUUAUCUUUGCUGGGCGCCUCCAUCAUAGGCGCGUGUGUGCGUGUUAAUGAAUAAAUGAUGAGCGACUUCCGGGCGCAAGAUUCAUCCCGCUGCCAUUAAAGCCUGCAGAAUGUGUUGCUGUGGAAUUUGCCGAAGCAUUGCGAAGAAAUAGACCACCGCAAUGGGUCGCACGUGCCCGGGAUGGUUGUUGCUGGCGUGAGGGAGGGAUUACUGCGGGUGGGAGUGAGUGAGUGCAAGUGUGUGUGUGUGUGUGAAAGUGAGUGACGAAAAUGCGAAUUGUGUCCUUGAGGCAUGUCCUGCUUCCCUUACCUAACGUGCCAACAUGUCCUGAAUUGUAUGCGACGAGCGCACGGUUGAAGGUCGGUUCGUGUGUCGUUUUUCCGCGGGAAAAUCACACCGUGGUGCUAGUAUUUGGCCUACCAAGUGUAUCAGGUGUGUGAGAGUGUUGGAGUGUGUGAGUGAUUUGAUUCAAGAAAACAUUGAGUGAGUUUGCUUUCGGUUGGCCGCAAUCGGUCAUAAGGCGUAGUGGGUCAUCAUUUGUCCGUCUGAGCCCGCCGGAGCGGUUGCAUGUGGUUCACCGGGUACUGCUGUGGCGUGAAAGGAGCACGCACAGCAGCAGCGGUGGGUCGCGACGACGGUAACCACCACAGCCACGACGACCACUACGACGAAGACUGCGAAAAUUACAACCGGAAGUACCAGCAGAAGCAGCAGCAGCAGCAGCAGCAGCACGAUCAAACCGUUAUGGGUUGCACACCGAGCAUCCUUUCGAACGGAAGCAACAAUCAGCAGCAGUCGCGCAAGGAUAGUGGCCUGUACGUGGGCAACGUAGCGGCCGCCAGUGGCAAUGGAAGCAGCGAUACCGCCAAUGCCGCCGCCAACAACAACAAGCUAAGCAACAGCAGCCCGGUCAACCCGACGAUGGUCAAUGCGCCCUACCCGGGUGCAGCAUCGAAGGACGGUGGUACGGAAAAGGAAAGUGCGAAAAAAGAUUCGAUCGUUUCGAUAUCCGCCACGGGGCAAAUUACAAGCUUUCCUGUCGUUUCCACCACCGUUAGACGACCGACCGCUGGAAGUAAGUUGCGCAAUCUUAUCUCGUUUUGCAGUAAGUUUCACCAAUACUCAUCGGCAAGAUUAUGCUGUGGAACCUCAAGCAGUUCGGGCCGGUACGGUCAUCGGAAGUCGUCGCUGGCACUGACACCCGAGGAGGAACCUCUCGACUCGUGCCCGAGAUUAGUUUCGGAUCUGAAGUUUCCCAACCUGCUACCACCGAAUCCUGUGAUUAAGAUUUUGAUUGCCUUCUGCAAAAAUGAUCCCGUGUUCGACGCGCUGGUCAAUGCCAGCCACCGUCUCAGCCUGGAACCAACGUUCGUCAAGUCGGCCGAAAGCGCCAUCGAAGCGUUCCAAAAUCCCAGCUCGGGCGGUCAUCACAUCAUCAUCGUUGACGCGCGAUACCCGCGCACGAUGGAAGCGGAGGCGCUCGGCAGGUCAAUUCGAAAUUCGAAGGGUAGCCAACAUACAACAAUGGUUGCGGUAGUGAAAAAGAGUGUAUUUGAAAAGGAUGAUACGGCUGUGAUUUCUCUGCUGGAUGUUGGCUAUAACAGGUGCAUUAUCGAGUCUCCACAUGUAUCGAUUUGCUCGUCGGAGCUGCGGCAAAUCCAGCACUCGCUCGUCCGACCGCAGAAUGUGAUAUCGACUCAACAGGCACUAUACACGGCGCUUCAUCGAUCGAGAGAAGCGGUCAUCAUUACCGACGACACGCUCCGGGCACAGUAUGCGAACCGGGCUAGCGAACGUGUGCUGAAUAUGAAGCUGGAUGAAAUCGUUGGCAGAUCUCUGAACGACUUGGUAACGGCCGAUAUUAGUAAUAUUUUAUCUCAUACCAGUAGAUAUAAGGACUACGACGGUUACCUUACCACGCGGAGAAAGUCCCAAGAAUCAUCACAAAUCCAUGUUCGUGCCGUACCUGUCUCGUGCAUCGGAAGGAAUCCCACACACUUAGUUUUAAUCCUAGAAUCAUCAUCCACCGCGCUCGUGUCCUCGAACGCUAUCGGUGAGGCACUGCAAACGUUACCCCAGGGUAAGGAGGUGCCACGCGGCUCACUGCACUCGAUCCGGCGAGGUAGCUUCGACGUACGGUCCAUCGCGUCCGAUGGGUUGCGGCGGACCAGUCUGGCGAAGUUGUCCUCGCUGCCACUGGAAGCACCGAUCACCAAAGUACUGAGCCUGCUGGCACAGGUUCAGGAAAACUGCUCGCUCGAAGAAGCCAAGCUGCUGGACCGGGUGAUGGAGUUUCUCAAGCGCGAGGGACUGUACAGUCCGCAGAUGAAGGAAAUCCGCACCGAAGACCCGGUCGCCACUGAUCUGAUAGGGGCUCUGCUGACGCAAGGACCAACGAACAUCCUGUCGUCUAGGCGCAGCUCGAACGACUCCAUCAUACGCGGCGGUGGCCGUCCAUCUACAGGGAGCAUCGUUUUCAACAAAACCAAAGAAUCUUCAGAACUGUCCGACCUGCUACAGACGGCCCUGGAUUGGGACUUUGAAAUAUUUAAGCUAGAGGAACUUACCGAGAAACGUCCAUUAGUGUGUUUAGGAUUAGAACUGUUCCGGCGGUUUGAUGUGUACAAUACGUUCAACUGUGACGAGAUGACGUUCAAGCUGUGGCUCAUUGAGAUGGAGAAACACUACCACAGCGAGAAUACAUAUCACAACAGCACUCAUGCCGCUGACGUGAUGCAGGCCACGGCAGUUUAUCUGCAGCAGCUGAGCAACCGAGAGAUAAAAAUUAUGGACCGAAUGGACGAAGCGACCGCUCUCAUCGCCGCCGCAACCCAUGACAUAGACCAUCCGGGCCGUUCGUCUGCCUACCUGUGCAACUCCGACAGCUCGCUGGCCCUGCUGUACAACGACAUCUGUGUGUUGGAAUCGCACCAUGCGGCGACCACCUUCAGGUUGACGCUGGCUGACGAUAAGAUCAACAUCUUCAAGAACUUGGACCGGGACAUGUACAAAUUGGCACGUUCCAUCAUUGUCGAUAUGAUUCUGGCAACGGAGAUGACGCGACACUUUGAGCAUCUGGCCAAGUUCGUGAGCGUGUUCGGCACGGACGUGGAGUCGAAGGAACCGCUCCCACCCGACAACGACGACAAUCAGAUCCUUGUCCGGCGAAUGCUGAUCAAGUGUGCGGACGUUAGCAAUCCAACGCGUCCGCUCAAGUUCUGCGUCGAGUGGGCCCGCCGUAUCGCGGAGGAGUACUUUAUGCAGACGGACGAAGAGAAGCGCAAGAAUCUGCCCAUCGUGAUGCCAAUGUUUGACCGCACGACCUGCAGCAUCUCCAAGAGUCAGAUCGGCUUCAUCGAGUACAUUAUACACGACAUGAUGGACGCAUGGAACAGUUUUAUCGAAAUGCCCGAAAUCAUACGUUACAUGGAGUUCAACUAUUCGCAGUGGAAGUUGUUCGAGGAGCAAGGCAUCAACACGCUGAGCGACAUCAAGCGCAAGCAGAUGUCACUGAACGAGGAAACGGCUAGCUCGAUCUCCCUGGAGGAGAAGUUCUAGGAAGCCGGCCCGGUUUCAAGCAACCGUUCACUCUGGUACAAACACACAGACACAUCCCCACAAACAAUAUGCACUUCCCGAGCGGACGGGCAACGAUGGUUCCGAGUGUCAAACAACAAACGUGAAGAGAAGGUGGAAUUAACGUAAUUACGGAUAGCAACGCCAACGCCAAAGGCCAAACGUGUCCCAUCAGGUGGGACAGCAAACGCGAUCAUACGCGAGGCAGAUCUUCCUUCCAUGAUUGUAGCAGUAUUGUUUUCAUAAUACCAUCGUCAUUUACCGUACAUCCCAAACCACUACUCUGUCUCAGCGUGAGCUUCAUGCGAUGGAGCACUGGAUGGAAAGAGAAAAAUCACGAAAAACAGGAAAGAGCGAGAGAGUUUCAAUGAUUGCACGUGCUAGUAGGAAAUUGUUGUCCGUUAGUGAAACACACUCUGCUUUUGCUGUACUGGCCACAAGGAGUGGGACGCACAUGGAAAUACACAAAUUAUGUACAUUCUCUAUCAGAGUCCAACUAACACAACUCCCAUAUACCGACACACACACACACACACACACACACACACACAUAAAUACACUCGUUUUCUGAGUUUAUCUAGUUUGCUUAUUACCUGUUCGUACGCUGUAAGUGUAAGAAAAAUUGUCUCUUUUGUAAAUUACUAGUAAGCGUUCAUCUGUUGAGUUUAGUUUAGCACCUAAGGCAGUUCAGCGACGCCACGUACAAUGAGAGAUAUUGCAGGGAUCUGCUGUGUCAGGAUAGUAAUUCUCGACCAUGUGUCUAUUUCGAUUAGCGUUAGGUUAGGUUAGGUAGUUUGUUCAUAUAUCAUUUCCCGUCAUUUUCCCACACGUGCCCAGUUCUGUUUCGCUAGAUUUUGUUGCUACGGUUUAAACUCGAUUAAACAUUGAAUCAUACAAGGUUAAGAGGCAGGAGAGCGUGUGUGGCGAUUCCCACAUCCCCAGCAAACGCGUGUGUGCGUUUGCUCCAUUUAAAUGUAGGCAAGAUGUAGAUGUAUAAUCACGAAUAGGCAUAAUUUAUUAGCUUCCUUGUCACCGGACGGCCGUACCAGUGCGCACAACAGCAUCGUUAGUAGGCGGUGUAGUAGACGGUUCCACCAACCCAUUGAUACCAGCCCAUUUUUCGGUAAAAACAGUAUUUAUUGGACCCAGCGAUCAUGGAAUCAGCUCCAUGCAGCCAUAUUAACUUGUACGAAACUGCUUUCUCGUCCUUAACGAAACUGUGCGUCUAGUUUUAAACAGCCAGAGGUCAUCAUUAGCAAAGAGGGAAAAGGAAAAAUCACAUUUUUUCACCCACUUGCACACAAACACACACACUUUCUUCCACGUGUAGCUUAGCAAGAGGCGCUUCGUUGAUCGAAGCAAUCGGUGUAAAAGUUAGCAACGUACGGAGGAGGGAGGAGGAGGAGCUUUACAAUGGAUGUUGAAGGUAGGCGUUCCUUAACACACAGACCCACAAACAAGAAGCACGCACACACCGAUGAAAGCAGGACCCCCAGUACAGAUUAAGUGCAAUGUGAAAUUGCCGCAUAAGAAUUAUAAACUCUCCCGUGCAUGUUCGUAAAAGCAUAUAUUUGUGCGUAUAUUAAAAAUACAGUAGAUCAAUGUUCUGUUAGUUGAUUGCAAAGUUGAUAAAUGCACCAUGGUCAGAAUUCUUCAAUGGUGGUCAUUUGUAAAAAGAGAACAAAACGCUUUUCCUUAUGUUUCCCACUAAUUCCGCUAGUUGCUCCUGUCGCGCUAUAAACAACCAGGCGUCUCCAUCUGGUUUUCUGUUUUUCAUUUUUUUUCUAUUUUUAUACAUCAACCACAUAUUCCAGCGCUACCGUUGAGACCUGAAAUGGGUUUUGCAGUGAGCAUUUGCUAUGCAGGUGUAGAAAAAGCGAAAACACAACUUGAACGCAACGUCCCAAUUGAAUCGUUAAUCGUUACCAAUCAGACAACGCCAGCGAUCGCACAAUGAUCGUAACUGUUUCCUUUUAAAGUGCUUUAACGUUUUCCCCCCCUUUACCAAACUACACCAAACUGUUCUUGCAACCUAUAAAAACCACCAAAAGUUCAGUAGAUAACGGCCCCGUCUUAACGUCCCCCCUCAUCGAUGUCGUCUCGUCGUCCCUUGUUUGCAAAGCUACUAGUCGGCACCGAAAUGCACAUCUUCGCGCGUCAUUUACCAGCACGCGCGCUCAUUCUAUUCUACCGUGUACGUUGAUGUGACAAUAAUAGGGAACAUGUGAUAAUGUUAAAUAAAAACAGAAAUCCACACACACACAAACACAUUUUGCGGUGCAUUCGAUCGACACAUUCGUGCUGUUUGUGAAUGCUUCAGCACUUUGCGUAGCAUAAAACGUGUAUGUAACCACCCACCGAAAGUACACUUCCUAGCCAUGUUUUGUUUCUGUUUUCUUUUAUGAUUUAUUUCGAAUUUCGUUUCCGAAUCAAAUCUGUUGAAACGAAUAAUGGUUCUCUGACUAACACGAUCUUACGGUUUCAACACUGUGCUCAAGCAGAUGCUACGUACCUUCCUGUUGCUACUUACAAGCACAAUCUUAUUACUAUGACUACUAUCACCGUGGUUACUCGGUGACUGUAGUGAUAGGAAUUUGCACAAACCUCAUCUAACUGUCCUACUCUUUCUCACACACUCUCUCGCUCGCUCAGCCUACUUUUCGAACAAUUUUUACGGCCACUGUAAAGAAAAACGCCAGCACGCUACCGGAACCGGUACUUGUUGGCGGUCGAGAAAUGCGGUCUAAUUUUAAUGGAAGCUAUAACCUAACGAGAAAAUUGAUAAACGUGAACACACAUUAACACAAAGCACACUAAUACACACUAAUGCUAAUUGUAGAUAAUUGUAUCGUUGUGAUAUGCUGGUCAUAUCUGGUUUUAAGCAAGGCACCGUCAAAUGUUUCACCAUCUACUACUGCUGCUACUAUCUACUACUACUACUACUACUAGAGAAAAGAGAUAGAACGAACACAUACCAUUUCAUGCAAUUCAAAUGUGUAUGUGGCGAUAACACAACUACACUGAAGCGACCGUACUGAUGAACGGUCGAUCCUUAGCCAGGGGCGUUAGAUAAGCGUUAGUAAGCGAGUAAUAAAGCUGCUAUAUACAAUAUCCUUAACACAGCAUUGUACCAACCAAACCGUAAACCGGACGGUCGUAACGGUCGAGCCGUUUUGUCGAGUUGAUGUAAUUGUAUUAUCAGUAGCAUUAUCCAAAUUCUUACUCGUCCCGGGGUAAUCAUCCGCAUCAGCAUCAUCCACUCCCGUGCUCACUGUCCAUUGGAAACAUGAAUUCAACAUACUGAAAAUGGAUUGGGAAAUCGAAACAGUGUAUCUCACCGAAGCCUAAACAGGAAUAGAACAAAAAAAAACAAAUUGGCGAGAAAUUGAAGAUAACUACACACUUACAUGCAUAUAUCUAGACAAAAAAAAAUCGAUGUGGUCUUCAAAAGAAAAACGCGGAAAACUGAUAAGGACAAAGAAAUCACGUGCAAACUAAGCUGUGCUACACUAUAGUAAUGUUUGUUGUGGUAUUUUGUUGGACGAGGAGUGAAAAGCUAGGAAGAAAAACCUAAAUCGAAGGAAUAAAACUCCUUCCAACAAGUUAUUGGCAUUGGAAAGUCUGACUAAACAAAAAUCCGCUUGCUGCGAAAAAACGUAUUUAAACAAAAACAGAACGGCUCACACAACACAACAAUUGCUAAAAGAAGAGAAAAAAACAACCAAAACAGUGUGUGUGUAAGCGAAUUGUUUCCGCAACAUAAGUCUGUCUAAAUAAAGUGUACUAAAUGAAACAGUAGUAGUGAAAAACGAA